AACCACUGGAAACCACUGGAUAUAAAAGUCAUUCCUUUGUUCGGUCCCCCCAUCAGUUCUGAUUUCGCGAUUGUCCAAGGACAUCAAACUCCCUUCUCGGUUUCCGGUUCCCGCGUUAAUUUCCCAACCUCCAUCCACUCAGAAUGAGGUGGGCAUUGGCAAUACUUUUGGGUGGUUUGAUCGUGCUCAACCAUCAUCAGGCUUCUGGCAUGGGACUACCUCGAAUCUACAAAGAAGCCAUGGAGGAGGACCCCAAUGAGGUUAAAGACGAGCCCGCUCACGCCUCAAGAGUGGGAAUGGGCAAUCGAGCACUUUUGUCUCGAUUUAACAUGAUAGGAGUUCGAUCUCUUCGAGGCCCACCCCCUUUAAUGGAGAUGUCUCCCAUCAUCUUACCGCUUGAACAACGAGCUUUAUGGAGAAAUGUGGCGCCGCCUCAACUUCGGAGUAUGGACCAAAAAUACUACAACAAGGUUAACCCGGUCCUCUACGACAUGUUAGUCAAUCGAAAAUAGGAAAGAGCCUCUGUAACCAUUCCAUUUGCCUGUAUUCUCUUCUGCCCUUCACCAAGCGAUGUACCGUACUUCAUCCCGUUGUCCAAAUGAACCCCGAUCAAAGUGGUUGAAGUGAGAAAAGAUGUUCCUUAAAAGAUCCAAUAAAACAUUCAAAAGUUUGUCGUCGAAA